AUGGUUUGGAGUUACCUUCAAGGAGUAUUCACGAGACCUGGUUAUCCUGAUGAAACUAGUUUAGAUAUUUCGCAGUCUCGAUUUCUUUCAUUUUCAUCAUAUCAACCAUUAUCUCAACAUUAUUCUCAGACUAUUGAGAUGCCUUCUACCAAUCAAGGCACCACAGAUUCUAAUCAAACAAAUAGUGGAAGUAAUGAUGCUAAUAAUAAUAAUUCAGUACGGACAAUAACUGUAAAACAAAAUGGGGAAAAGAGAUUUUGCAAAAAAUGCCAAAGUUUUAAACCUGAUCGUACACAUCAUUGUCGAGCAAUAUUAGAACUAGAUUUGAAUUGGUCGUUUUUGAUUCUUGUUGGUGCUAUAUUUGCACUUUGUCUUUCAGGAUUUACUAUUUAUCAUACAACACUCAUUUUAUCCAAUCAAACUACACUUGAGAAUUUACAACAACAGCGUUAUAAAAUAAAAGAGAAUAGUGAAGUCACAUCUAAUAAAUAUUUGAAUUUAUUUGAUAUUGGGAAAAGGGCUAAUUUUCUACAAGUGAUGGGUUCAAAAUGGUAUAUUUGGCUUAUUCCAAUAGGAAGUUCGCAUGGAAAUGGUCAUUUAUGGCCUCUAAAUUCGUAUCAAUACAGUACAUUAUGUGAUUCAGUUGAAAAUUUGAAUGAAAACCGCGUUUAA